CAUACAUUAGCAGAGAAAACAAGAAAUUGAAAACCAUGAAAGCCUUUCUCUUUCUCAUGCUGGCUCUUGCCUGCAUAACACAAUCUUGCGUGGCCGCGAGCAGGCUGGCGGCGGCCGGAGCCUGCACGCCGAGCGGCAAGAUACGAGGAAAAAAGCCGCCGCCGGGGGAGUGUAACCAAGAGAACGGCUCAGACUGCUGCAAGGCUGGCAAAAUGUACACCACCUACAAAUGCUCCCCUCCGGUGACCGGAAACACGAAGGCCACUCUCACCCUUAACAGCUUCCAGAAAGGCGGCGACGGCGGCGGCCCAUCGGAAUGCGACAACCAGUACCACUCAGACGACAUGCCCGUGGUGGCGCUUUCCACUGGAUGGUACAGCGGAGGGAGCAGAUGUCUGAAUCACAUCAAGAUCAGCGCUAAUGGCAGAAGCGUGAGGGCUAUGGUGGUGGACGAGUGUGACUCCACGAUGGGGUGCGACGAUGAACACGAUUAUCAGCCGCCAUGUGAGAACAACAUUGUUGAUGCUUCUAAGGCUGUGUGGGAGGCUUUGGGGUUAGACCAGAACGAAGGAGAGCAUGAUAUCACUUGGACUGAUGCCUAAUAUAUAGGCUAAUACAAUUACCUGGAAAUAUUCUUAUAGUUUACGACAUUGCUAUAUAUACAUGGAUUAUUGUAUGUCUACUGUAGGAUGAUGUAUGAGUGUGAUAUUGAUAAUAAAAGUAUUUUUAUAGAUAAAA